ACAUUUACUCCUACUAUUUUUCUCGAACUGGCUGACAUUUUGUUGGAUUUCCUACGACUCCAGUUCUUUUGACUUUGCUCUAUAUGUUGUUUCGUAGUUUUUACUUUACCAUUUAUUUACAUUAUUUAAUUAAUUUAAUUGUUGUAAAUAAUGACAAGUAACAAGUGUUGUGCUGGUAAAUAAUCUACGACAUAUUUGAAUAAUUAAUAGAUAAUUGUGUUACUUAGAUGAUGAUGAUCCAGAGUCAAGGUGAAUAAGCAUGAAGCUUUUGCAAACGAAUCUUGACUUUUCUUGUAUUGAUCCUGAUGAUGCGCGAUUCAUCUCACCUAAAAGUGUGCUUUUUAAAUAAUUAUUUAUACAGAUUGUUGGAUAGUUACUAUUUAUCACUACGAUUUAAUUUGUUUAUAUAAGUAAAUAAACUAUGGAAAUAGUGGGUGAUUAUGAAUACAACACAAAAGACCUCAUUGGUCAUGGAGCUUUCGCUGUUGUUUUCAAAGGCAGACACAGAAAAAAACCAAAUUUCGUUGUUGCAAUCAAAAGUAUUACUAAAAAGAGUUUGGCUAAGUCGCAAAAUCUUCUGGGCAAAGAAAUCAAGAUUUUAAAGGAGCUUACGGAGCUGCAUCACGAAAAUGUUGUUGCGUUAUUGGAUUGCAAGGAAUCCAAUCAUAAUGUCUUCCUCGUUAUGGAGUAUUGCAAUGGAGGCGAUCUGGCAGACUACCUUGGAGCCAAGGGAACACUAUCUGAAGAUACAAUAAGAGUAUUCUUGAAGCAAUUAGCAGGAGCUAUGAAAGCUCUUCAUGCCAAAGGAGUCGUUCACAGAGAUUUGAAGCCACAAAAUAUUCUCCUAAGCCACAACUGUGGAAAAGCUUGUCCUCAGCCCCACCAAAUUACAUUAAAAAUAGCUGAUUUUGGAUUCGCGAGAUUUCUGCAAGACGGAGUGAUGGCAGCUACCCUGUGUGGGUCCCCAAUGUACAUGGCACCAGAGGUAAUAAUGUCACUGCAGUAUGACGCAAAAGCAGACUUGUGGUCCCUCGGUACGAUAGUAUUUCAAUGUCUAACUGGUAAAGCGCCGUUCCAAGCUCACACCCCUCAAGCUCUAAAAUUAUUCUACGAAAAAAACGUAAACCUCGGACCGAAAAUACCACCAGGAACAUCACCGGAGCUCUCGAGUUUAUUGAUGGGUCUUCUGAGGCGCAACGCCAGAGAUCGAAUGGCCUUUGACGAGUUUUUUAACCACAGAUUCCUCCAUGGAACCCAGGAAAGUCCAAACUUGGUGUUUGCCGAACUGCCGGCGUCGCCAGAGACUGUCCAAGAGCCGCAAGCUGGGCUGAUAAACGCAUCCGUUCCAGAGGCCAGCAGUCCUUGCUCGAGUCCAGAAGACGACUACGUCCUGGUACCAAACGACUUGAGCAACGACAUCGAGAACAACCCCACUUCUCACCAAGUUAAAUACACGAAACAGAUGAGCAAAGAAGCAGUCAGUCCUCCGAGACCUUGUUUUCUACCGAUAUCUGAACCAAUUCCUGUUCCAACGCAACAAAGCACCGUUCAUCCGUCAUCCCCAUCAGCAACAGCACGAACUGAAACGAGUGUCGUUCCCCGAUCCCAGCCGAUCAGCAUGAAACGAAGUGUAGAUUGUCAUAAGAACUACCCCGUUGACAUCGGCUCGAUGAGUCCUCCCAGUGUCCAGUUUGUUAUCGGAACUCCGCCGAGCAGAAGACUCAGCGAAACUCCGCCACCUCCUCACACUUGGCAAGUCAGUCCCAGUGCAAGGCACUCUCAUAUUUCUACUGGAAAUUCACCCCUCAAGAGAUCACUAGGAAGUAACAGCGCUUCCUCGCCACUUCUCACUGGACCUCUCGCUGUUUUGGGUUCACCGACUGCUAAAGCACUUCAAGAUAAUAAUAAUACUUUGAGGCAUUCGCCGGUUAUUCCUUUUGGAACUCGCGCAGUAACUUUACCUGAAAUAUCGGAAGCCGGAAGCUUUCAGAGUUUCUUCCCAGAAUUAAUUCCUACAUCAUCAGACGAUCGUCCUUUGACAUUCAUCGCCCCAGAGCUGCCAGAAGAAACUCUUCUGGAACGCGAGCACAAUGAAAUCCUAGCAAAGUUAAACUUUGUCGUGGCACUGUGUGACUGUGUCAGCGAAGUCGCUAGAACUCGAGCAGGACCUUUGGGUGCGCCUCUGGGAGGCGUUGAAUCAGCCAGCAACGCCGCGACAAAAAGACGAGCUGAGCAAGUUAUUCUCUUGGUCAGAGCUCUGCAGUGGCUCAGUUCGGGUCUCAGCUUGGCGACUCAGCAGCUCAAAGCUGGAAGACUCCAGCCCACAGCCAAUGUCAAGGAAGUUGUUAAUACAAUGAAUGAUAAGUUUAGAAUCUGUUUGGCGGAAUGCAAGCAAUUGAACAGUGCUGGGUUAUUACGGCAAACUGGAGCGACUGCUGAUAAAAUUCUAUAUAAUCAUGCAAUACAAAUGUGUCAAUCAGCGGCUCUGGAUGAGCUCUUUGGGAACCCAGCUGAGUGCUUUCAACGUUAUCAUACUGCACAAAUUCUCCUUCAUUCUCUGUCUCAGCACGUGAGCCACAGCCAAGACAGAGCAUUGCUUAUCAAAUAUAAAACUGCUGUGGAAAAACGACUGUACGUGCUCCAACAACAAGGAUAUAUUUAUGCCACAGAUCCGACGUAACAAAUAUGAGCAAAAAUAAAUCCAACAAAUAACUUAUAGAUCCUUUUAAUUAGAUAUUAAAAGAAAAAAAAUUUCGAUACUAUAAUUCCAAGGAUAAAAAAUGAAAAAAUAAAAAAAAAAUAUAAAAUGUAGAUUAAGUAUAAAGGAGAGAGAAAUAUGAAGGAAAGGAAGGAAAAAUUUAUUAUUAUUACUAUUGUAUCAAUACUGUAAUCAAUCAGUGGUUGGCCAACUCACAUUUAUUUCUUAUAAAGUAAUAAAAAAAUAUGUACACCAUAAA